AACAAGUGGGAAGCGUGCAAGAACGUUAAGUGUAAAAACAGGGCGCAGAGCUCCCUUUGCGCUGCCAGUGAAAGCUCAGGGGUCUAAGGGGGGUUUCAAAAUUGAGCUGGAUCUUGUAAAACAGAAGUGUGCUGGAUACAGCGGGGUUCAUAGGAACCUCCUAGGAAUAACAGGGGGGAAAAAAUAACCUGGUAGUCGACAUCCAGCCAGCCAGAGGCGAUGCUCCGGAUGGAGGGACCAGAAGCGUAGAGAUGAGGACCUUGGUGACAACUGCUGGGAGAAGGGAUGCGAGGCUGUGUGUCUGGUCCCAGAUGCGAUGAAGCAAACAAGGCGGAUGUGCCAGCAGCUCCAUGACCCUCCUCCCAGCCUUUCCCCUCCCCUCCAUGCCCUCGACUGUACAGACGCUUUCAAGUGAGGAAGCUUUCUGCUAAAUUUUGUGCUUGAAGAAAAAACAAAUAGUCUGUUGUCUGAUAGGCAGCAGCAGCAGCAAGCUCUGUGGGGUGAGAUCACAUUUACUGGUAAGCCCUAAUGAUUACUGCACCGGCAGAGCUGAUGGGAAUGGGACCGCCGGAUCCUGCGCAGGGAUGCUCCCCUCGGGAGCAGUGCCCCGCUCUCCCCUUCCCCUCUUCUGACUCCUCCGCGUGAACCGCUGCCCCGGGAACACUCCGCAGGCUGGAGUUUAAGCACCGCGGAAGAUCGAAUGGGAUUAUACUCCUGUAAUUAACCAAAGGAACAAGAAACUUUGCAGGACCUAUGAGCAAAGGGCAGCGGAGCCUCUUUUCCCGGAGAGAGAGGGUGGCAGCGGUGCCGAGCAGGUGCCCCUUCCCUCCGCCUCUGGCCUCGGCGUCGCUGCGAGGAAAGCGCGCAUGGAAAGAAGCCAUCCUUGCAGCAGGAUUGCCUUUGAGCUGGCAGCCGACGAGUGAUUGGCAUUGGGCAUCGCUGCUGAGACUCUGGCAGGCCGUUUAGCAGAGAACCUUGGCUAAUGAAUGUCAUCCACACCUAGCAGAUGUGCCGCUGCCUGCCAUGCCAGAUUUUUGACAUAAUACAGUGCUGCUGGACACGAUAGUGCUUGGGAAAAGCCACGGCGGAACUUAAGCCUCCGGCACAGCAUUCAAUCUCGCUCGCAGUUUUGCGAGGGACAAACAAAACCCGCAUGAGGGAGGGUGAUGCAUCCAUGUCUCCCGCUCGUCGGCCACGUUUUUAAUCGAUACAGAUAUACAAGGCAAACUAAAGGUUUCGACUGCUAUUCAGCGCCUCCUCAUUUGUCCCAGAGCCGUAACAGUGGUGCCCUUUCUCUUCUGGCUGCUUUUCCCUGCUUCUGGAGCAGCAGUUAUGGGAGAAGCAGAUGGCUACUGAUUGGGCAUGGAGGACGCCGGCGUCCAGAGGGGAAUAUGGGACGGGGACGCCAAGACUGUCCAGCAGUGCUUGACUGACAUUUUCACCAGCGUUUACACCACCUGCGACAUUCCGGAAAAUGCCAUUUUCGGCCCCUGCGUCCUGAGCCACACGUCCCUGUACGACAGCAUCGCCUUCAUCGCCCUCAAGUCCACCGACAAGCGUACCGUCCCCUACAUAUUCCGGGUGGACACGUCGGCGGCCAACGGCUCGUCGGAGGGGCUGAUGUGGCUGCGGCUGGUGCAGUCGGCGCGGGAGCGGGAGGAGCAGAACCUGGAGGCCUACAUCAAGAGCGGGCAGCUCUUCUACCGCUCCCUGCGCCGCAUCGCCAAGGACGAGGAGCUGCUGGUGUGGUACGGCAAGGAGCUGACGGAGCUGCUGCUGCUCGGCCCCGCCCGGGCCCCCGCCCGCACCAACGGCUCGCCGCCCUUCGCCUGCCCCGAGUGCAGCCAGCGCUUCCAGUUCGAGCUGCCCUUCGCCGCCCACCUCCGGUUCCGCUGCCCCAAGCGGCUGCACGGCCCCGACAGCGGCCCCGCCGCCGAGGCCCCCGGCGGCAAGGACGGCGUGGGCAAGGAGCAGGAGCCCGGCAAGUACUGCAAGCCCGGCGGGCCGCUCCACCACCCCUUCGCCGGGGCUGAGGGGGGCAGCCCCGCCGCCAGCACCAAGCCCUCCACGGACUUCCACAACCUGGCGCGGGAGCUGGAAAACUCCCGCGGCGGCCACGGCGGGUCCCCGGGACGGCCGGCGCCCGCCGAGGGCGGCCCCGAGGGGGGAGCCGGCAAGGCCAAGCGGCGGUACCCCGAGGAGGAGGAGCGGGGCGCCGGGGGGGCGGCGGCGCGGGGCCGCUUCCCGGCGGAGCGGCCGGGGCUGCCCGCCGCCCCCAAGGAGGAGCCGGUGUGCGCCCCGCAGCAGCAGUACCGGGCGCCCGGUUCCUACUGCGGCUUGGAGGAGGGCGGCCGCCUCUUCGCUCCCCCCAGCCCGGAGACGGGGGAGGCCAAGCGCAGCGCCUUCGUGGAGGUGAAGAAGGCGGCCCGCGGCCCCGAGCCCGACGGCGGCGGCCCCGAGGAGGGCCAGGAGCGCGCCUCGCCCGCCGCACCGGGGGCGGGCGGCGGGGAGCCGGGGCUGUGCCCCCGCGGCGGCCCCGGGGGCCCGCUGUCGGCCCGGCUGGAGGGGGGUAGCCCGGCGAGGGGCAGCGCCUUCACCAGCGUGCCGCAGCUCGGGGGGGGCGGCCCCGGCGGGCCGGGCGGCGGGGCGGAGGAGCGGAAAAGCGCCUUCUCCCAGCCCGCCCGCUCCUUCCCCCACGUCCCGCCGCUGGUGCUGGGCCAGAAGCUGGGCGGGCUGGGCGAGCCCUGCCCCGACGGCGCCGCCGCCGCCACCGCCCCCGCCCGCCUCUACGCCGCCGAAGCGCUGGCCGUCAAGCUGCCGGGCGGCGGGGAGGCGGCGGGCGGCGGGGGCGGCGGCGGCGGCGGGGGGGGCGGCGGCGGGGGGCUGCCCAAGCAGAGCCCCUUCCUCUACGCCACCGCCUUCUGGCCCAAGAGCUCGGCGGCGGCGGCGGUGGCGGCGGCGGCGGCGGGGCCGCUGCAGCUGCAGCUGCCGUCGGCGCUGACGCUGCUGCCGCCGUCGUUCACCUCGCUGUGCCUGCCGGCCCAGAACUGGUGCGCCAAGUGCAACGCCUCCUUCCGCAUGACCUCGGACCUGGUCUACCACAUGCGCUCCCACCACAAGAAGGAGUACGCGCUGGAGCCGCUGGUCAAGCGCCGCCGCGAGGAGAAGCUCAAGUGCCCCAUCUGCAACGAGUCCUUCCGCGAGCGCCACCACCUCUCCCGCCACAUGACCUCCCACAACUAGCGGGGACGCCCCCCCACAACCCCCCACCUCACCUCACGCACCCCCCCACCCCCCCCCCCCGGGACCCCCCGCGGAGGGCAGCCGCCGCUCGCCGCUUCUCUUCCCUUUCCUUUCGAUGCACGCAUUUUCACUUUGCGGGGAGGGGCGGGGAGGGCAGCAGGGGAGAAGAGGAGAUGAAGAAGAAGGGAAAAAAAAAAGGAAAAAAGAAGGAAGAAAAAAGAGAAUAAAGAAAAGAAAAAAAAAGAAUAAAAGCACCGGGGAAAAGAAAAAAAAAAAAAGGAAAGAAAAAAAAUGACUUAAAAAAUACAUUUUUUAAAAUGUCAUAUAUUGCAACAUAUUGAUGCAUUUGUCAUACGUUUCUACUUAAAUUAUUAAGCACUUAUGGUUUAGAUGUAAUAAUAAUUAUAUGUCAGGGUAAAUUUUUAUUUUAGAUAUAAAGCUAAAGGCGGGGAGGAGCGCGGCGGGGCCGGCGGGGGGGCGGGCCGGGGUCCUGCAUGCACCGGGCGCCCCCCGCCCGCCCGGCCCCCGCCGCCCGUGUCCCUUGGACCACAGAGUGUCACUUGGUGCCCGUGAAAUGGAGUCUCGGUAGUUCCGUGUUACCUUUCCUUUUCCGUUCGGGUUUUUUUUUUUGUUUGUUUGUUUUGGUUUUGUUUUUGUUUUUUUUUUUCCCUCUCCCCCCUCUCGAAAAGAUUUAUUAAACUUUAUAGUUUAUCUGGGUAUGUUGGAUGCUUUGACAAUA